ACUUCACUGUACAUGGGUUGACUUGACGCUAAAUGUUGGGCCCAUGUUACAGAUGAAACAUUUUUAUAGUGUGCUUUUAUCAAUGUGCAGUUCUGGAUUGUUAACCUUUGAAUUUCCUACACUGCUACUAGACUAACUAGAGUAUAGAGUCAGAAGUACAUGGCCGACCAGCUGUCGAAAUCUUCACGUUGACAUCCACAUAUUGACUGAGAUAAACAUUGUCAUGGAAGACAAGGAUAUACAGUUUAAGGCUCAUUGUCUGCGUGAGUUAUUCAAAGGACGAUUUACACAGGAUGAAAUGCUCAGAGUUCUUCAAGAGUUUGAUGAAGAUCACAGACAAGCAUUGGACUUUCUUAUAGGAGAUCCAGAACAAGUCAGUGGAUUCCUGAGAAAAACAACUAACUAUAUAGAGACUCUGCAAGAAGAUUCUCAGCAUCUCUUGGAAUUCUUGGACAACAGCGAGCUAGUCAUUAGACCUUCAGAACGUCUCUUCGCUUGCGUCACGUGCAACAGAAGCUGGUGGAAGAAAGUGCCAUACAGAAAAGAAGUAUCAAGGUGUAAGAAAUGCUUGGUUCGAUACGAUGCUAUUCCUAAAGAAAGAGAAUGGGGCAUUGGAGUCUUUCAUUGUAGUCGUACGCCCAACUGUCGAACAUUCAAAGGCUGGGCUGUGAUGGGUAUGACAGAGUCUAUAUGUUACAUUUGUAAAACUCCAGUGGCUGUCUCAGAAAUUUUAUCCCCCAAAAAGUCUGAACGCGCCCCAAGUUCAAAAGAUACACAUCAGUGCAACGGCUUCAACUGUUACAAUAAGAACAGAGUUGGCGCUGUCGCAUCACACGUCUUCAGUCCCACUGACCAGGUUCCUGUCUGCGUUCAUCCCAAGUCUCGAGCGGCCAUGCCUCCUGGAUGCUGUUAUCUGAUUUGGAGCGUGAGGCACCCAAGUUCAGGGUCAACUGUGUCCACCUUCUGGGACCAAGGGAGUCUAAGUUCACGGUCUGGGAUCAUCCCAGGCUACUAAGGCACAUCACCUACACCAGGAACGCUAGACUGACCUCUCUAUCAAUAAAAAAACAAACAACUCAAUGGACAGAACUUGGCAUUAUGUUUUCAAUAUGAGUCGGCAGAUGAACGGACAAGUACAAACCACAAGUUUCUAAUGUUUGAAAUAAAAAUGCAAAUAAUAUUCAAAGUUUUGAAACCAAAAAUAGAAA